GACAUCUUCAUUAACUUAUAAAUUCGGAUAACAUGUGUAAUUAAUAAUAUUAUCUUUUUUAAAUAUGACUUUCAUUCAGCUGAAAUUGGUUUUUAUCGUCACAUUAUAUCUUCUGUUGGAUGUUUGCAGCUCUACUGGUAACCAGUGUCCUCUAUAUUGCGAAUCCUGUACCGGCGUCGGAACUAACCUAGUGUGUUUUUGCAAAUCAGGAGAAUUUAUUCCAACAGCGCCUGUAUUCCAUGUGUUACUGUUGGGGCCAACUGUACAAUCUGUAGCAAUGGGUCUCAGUGUGAAGAAUGCGUACCAGGCAAAUGGGGGUCACGGUGUAACCAAGACUGUGGAGUGGGUUGUGAAGAUGGAAUAUGCAAUCUUUUACACGGAGCGUGUACUUGCAUCGAAGGAUUUUACGGGCAUGACUGCAAAAGUCAAUGUUCACUAAACUGCCAGGGUAACACUUGCGGAACAAUGGUCACUGCAAUUGUAAACCUGGAUAUUAUUCACCAAUGUGUACUGCAAAAUGUUACUCUGCUUGUAAAGAAUGUACUAACGGUAGUUCCUGCUCUAUAUGCCCGUCUGGAAAAUCUGGACAGUAUUGUGAUAAGAGCUGUAACACAAUAACUGGUAAUUGUAUUGAUAUUACGUGUCCACAAGCAUGCACAUCAUGUGUUUCCAGUACACAAUGCAAAGGCUGCACUGUUGGUAGGUUUGGAUCAAUAUGUAACUACACGUGCCCCGCUAACUGUUUCGGUGGGUGUGUCCAGUCGUCUGGUGUGUGUAACGCAUGUUCACAUGGAUAUUACGGUUCAAACUGUCACAGAGCAUGUAAUUAUUGUUAUGGCAGUGAUUGUACUCAAAAUGGAGAAUGUCUCAAGUGCUACCCAGGAUAUUUUGGUACAUUUUGUAACUUAACAUGUCCUUCUACAUGUUCUGCCAAUUGCAAUCAAGUAGACGGAUCAUGUACUUUAAUUUGUCCUUCGAAUUGCUUAAGCUGUUCAGAUAAAACAUUAUGCACUAAAUGCAAAAACAUUUACUACGGAUUUGUUUGUGGUUUAUUGUGUAGCCCUAUGUGUAAACAGGGUCUCUGUGACAUACAGUCAGGAUAUUGUGUGGAAUGCAAUUCGUCAUCGAACUACGGUAAUUUUUGCAACACCACCUGCAGCUCUGCAUGUUCAACAAAUGGAUGCGAAAGGCAAACUGGUGGUUGUAAAGGGUGCAUUGAUGAUACGGUUUACGGAACAUUUUGUAAUAUCACAUGCAAUACAAAUUGCAAGGAUCAAAUGUGUUCGCAAUUAAACGGUCACUGCACAAAUGGAUGUAUAUCUAAUUAUUAUGGGUCAACGUGUUACAAUAUCUGCUCUGAGAAUUGUGCAAAUUCCACGACAGAAUCAAAAUGCGAUUCAAAAGGUAAAUGCAACAGUGGAUGUAUUGACGGAUUCAUUGGCGAUACGUGUACAUCAGGAAGUGAGAAGAACGUGAAAAGAGAUGCAGCUGCUAUAGGAGGAGGUGUGGGAGGAGUUGUUCUACUGGCUUUGGUUGCCGUGUUGGUUGCUAUUUUUCUAAAAAGGAGAAGAAAAAGCAAGCCCUAUGAAGAUCGAAGUGAGGAAAUUGAUAAUGAAUACCACACAAUAGACUCAUUGCACGGAGAGAAGCAAGGUUCGAUAAAUGCAACAGCCGCACGUUCGUUAGCAACAACAAACCCCAGUUACAACAAUGUUUCGGACACAGUCAUGCUUGAUGGUGGCUUAGAAUCAGCAACGGACGAUGAUGAUCUAGAAAUUGAUUUAGACGAAGAGAGAAGGUUCGAGAAGAGGAAACUGACCAAGAAGGUUGAGGAGAAUGUUUACUACAUCGGUAUACAGGACAUAGAGAAGAGGAAAGUGAGAGUGGAGGAACUGGCGGCCUUUGUGGCUGGAAAGACUCUGGAUUACUAUGGGGAGGAAUUUGAUAAAUUCUCCGACGGCCUCACAAGGAGCUGUGACGCUGCCAAAUUACCUCGAAACAGGGCGAAGAACAGAUACAAGGGAAUAUAUGCAUAUGAUGCUACAAGGGUGAAAGUGACUGGUUUUGAUACGGAUUACAUCAAUGCUAACUACAUCGAUGGUUUCAAGGAGAGAAAUGCAUAUAUUGCAUCGCUAGGUCCAAUGUCGAAACAGAUGGGAGACUUUGGCAUGUUCUGGAAUAUGAUUUGGCAACAGAAGGUGGAGAAGAUCGUCAUGGUUACCAACCUGAUGGAGGAAGGGAAGGAGAAAUGCGAGCAGUACUGGCCCAAUAUUGGGACCAUUUUGACCUACAGCGGGGUGAAGGUCACCUGUCAGAGCGAGUAUGAGUAUGCAGAGUUUACGAGAAGGUUGCUGCUCCUAAAUGAUGGAGAAUCUGAGAGGCAGCUGCACCACCUUCACUUCACGGCCUGGCCGGAUAGGGGAAUCCCAGAGGACGUCACAGCGCUGAUUGAGUUCCGACAUAGAGUGCUCAAUUCUCCUGCUCAUCUCGGAGGUCCAACACUGGUCCAUUGCAGUGCGGGAAUCGGUCGAACAGGGACAUAUAUUGCGUUAGAUAUUCUAACAAAGGAAGGCAAUUCGAACAAGGCCGUUGAGAUUCCAGGAUGCAUCAUCAAUAUGAGACAGAACAGGCCAAACAUGGUCCAGACAGCGGAACAGUACGAGUUUCUACACCUUGCCCUGGUUUACACCCUGACUUUUAACUGUGAGCAGAUACCAGGAAAACAGAUUCAGGACUACAUGAUAGAAACCAGCAAAGGCGAUCUUAUCAGGCAGUUAAAGAAAAUAAAGGACACUCCCCACGUUCACACUACCGAUGAAGUCGUUGCUAUUGAACGAAACAAGACUGAGAAAGGAAGGAACAGAAGUGAAGCAGAUAUUCCAGGCGAUGAAUACCGCCCUCGACUUUAUUUGGGAAUAAGACAUGGAGAUUCAGACUAUGUCAACGCUGUCUUUGUUCAUGCGUUUCAGGCGAAACCGAAAUACAUUGUCGCACAGUCUCCAAUGCCAAAUACUGUACUGGAUUUCCUUACUUUGGCAUACCAAGAAAAUUGUUCAUGCAUUGUCAGCUUUGAGCAAAGUGACGGCAAAAAGGAUAUAGGUGAAUAUUAUCCAGCGGACAAUCAAGAACUCAAGAAAGAUCAACUGUCUAUUUCAUGUGGGAGGGAUAAAGUCAAGAACGAGUACAGUAUCCAGAAAUGGCUAACUAUUGAGUUCAAGGGAAGCACACAGAGUGAAGGUGGCAAGAGCACAUUGCGACACUUUGAGUUUACAGACUGGAACCAGACUGGAAAUGUUCCACGCAACCCUGCUAACUAUGUUGCAUUUCUGAGAGAUGUCAAAAUGGCAUCGUCCAAUGGGCCUGUUCUUGUCCACUGCAGGGAUGGUGGUAGUAAGAGCGGGCUGUUCUGUGUUAUGGCAUUCCUCUUGGCGAAAAUGGUAGUAGAGCACGAGGCACAGUUCGACUUCUGCCAUGAUUGUGUUCUGGAGUUCGUCCGCUCGUUCAAAACAUACUCCAAUUUCAGCGAAGAUAUAUAAAUAAAAUGUGGAUUGGAAAACAAUGUUUGUUUUUUAAAUUGCAUACCAUUGUGUAAAGUUCUGGACACUUCAAAUUUAGCGGUUCCUACAAUAUAAGUAUUCCAAGUUCAAACAGCCAACACAAUUGUCUUGGCUAUAUUUAGAAUAUAUAAUUCCAACAGAUAUUUGGGGUCACCGCUCCCAGCAAGCCCACAUUUAUGCUUGAACUAAAAUUAUUUUUAUUAACUCGUUACCAACUUGGACAGCUAAAAUAGUAUCUACUCAAAAUUCUGAACAUACUGUUUCAAAUCUAGUUAUAUCUACACUUAUAUGAGCUACUGAUGCUACUACUGCUACUACUACUACUACUACUACUACUACUACUGCUGCUGCUGCUGCUGCUGCUGCUGCUGCUGCUGCUGCUGAUGGUGCUGGUGCUGGUGCUGGUGGUGGUGCUGCUGCUGCUGCUUACGUGUGUAAUCAAACAAAUUGUUUCGUUUGUACAUCAUAUGAACGUUUCUUAUUUGGAUUUUGUAAAGCUGUAGUUAUGACCCUACCAAAUCGGCUUUAUCUAUUCACAGAUGUGUUAUACACACGUUUCUGCAUUCAUCUACCUUAUUCUAAUUCUAAAAAUCUGAGCGUGUUUUCUUUUUGUAUAAACUUAAUAGAAUGUUUAAGAACUUCUUCAACAUGUAAUAAGUUUCCUUCGUUAAUUGAAAUUUGGACAAAUGUAUCUAUAUUGAAGAGAUGCCAUACUUUUCUGUAUUGCUCAUAACUACCCAGGACGUUCACAGUGUCGAAUACGCCAAGGACUGGUUCCGCACAAAUGACAUGCUCUGGUAUUGUAAUAAGUAAUGUAAAACCUAUUAACUGCCGCUUUUUUGCUAUUUUCUAUUGAUAAC